AUGGCUAACUUGGAUGACAAAGCCGGUCAUUUGGCUCACUCCGAAGAUGUUGAGUCUGGUCGCCUUUCAAAAGACCACAUUCAGCAGCGAAGAGAAUCUGUCAAGCAUGCUGACAGAGCACUUGCAAUUAUCGGCGAUGAACGUGUAGAGUUGACCGAAGAGGAUAAUAAAAGAAUUCGACGCAAGACCGAUAAGGUCAUCCUCUCCAUUCUGGUCUGGGUGUAUUUUCUCCAAAUCUUAGACAAGACCGUCCUGGGCUAUGGAGCCCUCUUCGGCCUUCAGGAGGACACUCACCUUACCGGCAAUCAGUAUUCUCUUGUUGGCUCCAUUGCCCCAAUCGCUCAGCUCGCAUGGCAGCCUUUCUCUUCCUACUUGAUUGUCAAGGUUCCUCACCGGAUCUUGAUGCCGUCACUCUGCCUGGGAUGGGGCAUUGCACAGGCUUGCAUGGCCGCUGCCCAUAACAACGGCUCUCUUCUCGCCGCACGAUUCUUCCUUGGCCUCUUCGAAGCUGGCUGUCUUCCACUUUUCAGCGUCAUCACUAGCCAGUGGUAUCGACGAGCUGAGCAGCCAAUUCGAGUGGCAGCUUGGUACGGAACCAACGGCCUCGCAACAAUUGUUGCCUCUGCUCUGUCGUACGGAUUGGGACACAUCAAAUCCGAUCUUUUGAAAGAAUGGCAAAUUAUCUUCCUCUUUGUGGGUUUGGUUACGAUUGUCUCAGCCCCGGUUGUGUACUGGUUCCUCGACAACGAUAUCCCCUCGGCUCGCUUUUUGACCGAACACGAAAAGGCACAGGCCAUUGAGCGACUCCGUGCGAAUCAGACUGGUACAGGUAGCCGCGAGUUCAAAAUGGCGCACGUCCUCGAAGUUGCUCUGGAACCAAAGACGUAUCUCUGGCUCGGAAUGGCUCUCCUUCUGAACGUCGGUGCAUCCGUCACAAACACAUUUGGUCCCCUGAUCCUGCAGGGCAUCGGUUUCGACAAGUACAAAACUUCGCUCCUCAAUAUGCCAUUCGGUGCCAUGCAAUUGAUCGCCAUCUUCAUCGCCUCAUACGCUGCUCAAAAGGCCAAACUGAAAUUUGCAGUGCUGGCAGGUUUGAUGCUUCCUGUCAUCGCAGGUCUUGCCGCGCUCUACAAGCUUCCACGAGGACCCAGCCACACAGCACCUCUCAUUGUCUGCUACUACCUCCUCGCUUUCAUCUUCGGUGGCAACCCAAUCAUCGUGUCGUGGAUUGUCGGGAAUACUGGCGGAAGCACCAAGAAAUCCGUCAUCAUGUCACUCUACAACGCCGGCUCGUCCGCCGGAAACAUCAUUGGACCUUUGCUCUUCAGCAAGAAAGAUGCCCCGUCUUACCAUCCUGGCCUGCAGAAAGUGCUCGCAAUUUUUGUCACCCUGGUCGCUGUUGUUCUCAUCCAAUUCGCCAACCUGGUCUUCCUCAACAAGCUCCAGUCAAGGAAGCGCGUCAAGAACGGCAAAGCUGCCGUCAUCAAGGAUCAUUCCAUGGAGGACAAAUAUGUUGCUAUGGACGAAACUGAUGGUGGACAGAGACUUGGCGAGAAUGCCUUCUUGGAUCUCACAGAUCGGAAGAACGACGAGUUCACCUAUAUCUAUUGA